AUGGCAAACACGCGAAUCGAGAAGGACAGCCUGGGCCAAUUGGAGCUGCCAAAUGGAGUUUUAUACGGCAUCAACACCGCUCGGUCACUAGAAAACUUUCCCCUCUCGGGCCGGUCGAUCACAACAUGGCCGGACUUCAUCCAUGCCUUUGCCACAGUCAAGCAAGCAGCGGCUCGUGCAAACUGCGAGGUCGGCAGUCUGACGACUGAGCAGGCGGAUGCAAUCGUUGCGGCCUGCGAAGAAAUUAAAACAGGCGAGCACGACGGACAUUUGGUCGUCGACAUCCUGGAGGGUUCCGGGGGCACGUCGACCAACAUGAAUGUCAACGAAGUAAUUGCGAACAUUGCCACGAAGGCUUCAGGCCGACCUCUUUCUGAUUACAGCUUGAUCCACCCAAACGACCACGUCAAUCUGGGACAGUCCACGAAUGAUGUUCUCCCGACGGCCAUGAAGCUGGCCGUCUAUCGUGCAAUGGGCGAGGCUUUACGCAUGCUUCGCCAGCUGGCCGACAGACUGUCCAUGAAGCGUGAAGAAUAUAAAUCGCUGCUUCGUCUUGGAAGGACCUGUCUUCAAGACGCACAACCCAUGACAUUCGGGCAGGCGAUGGGAGGCUAUGAGGCGGUCAUUCGGCGACACACAGAGCAGCUCAACAAUCUUCGCGAGCAGUGCUUGGUAGUUCCCCUUGGAGGAACAGCCAUUGGAACAGGCUUCGGGUCACAACCGGGAUACAAAGCGGCUGUCUUCCGGCAUCUCUCUGCAAUAUUCGGCGCAAAAGUAGAACCGUCCGGGGACACGUUCGACGGCAUGCAGAACAUGGAUACCUGCGCCCGUCUGUCGGCGGAGCUGCGCAAUACUGCAAGCUCACUUUGGAAGAUUGCCAACGACCUCAUAAUCUUGUCUUCCGGUCCUAAUGGCGGGAUCGGUGAGAUCACUCUGCCUUCCGUUCAAGCCGGGUCAUCCAUCAUGCCUGGCAAGGUCAAUCCGGUCAUUCCGAUGGCGGUUUGUCAAGUCGCCUUUGCCAUCACUGGUAACGACACGGCUAUCGCAAUGGGAUGUCAGCAGGGUAUGCUCGAGAUCAAUCAUUUUGAAAUGCUAGUGUGCGAUCGCCUGCUUGACAGUAUCCGCCUGAUUGCUGGCGCCACCGGGAUCUUUACUCGCCGGUGCGUUGACGGUUUGGUGGCGAAUAAAGAUGUCUCACAGAAACAUCUACUUGCAUCGAGCGCGCUGGCCACUUCCCUGGUGCCAGCUCUCGGUUAUCAGCAGGUUUCAACCAUCGUCCGAACAUCUUUGGCAGAGAAUCGUGCAUUUCUAGAUGUUGUAGAGGAAAAGGGUCUCCUAAAGAUAGAGGAGGCUGUUUUGAUUCUUGAAGAAUUGGUGAACACAGAUGACUGCAUUGCCAUGACUUCCUCUCUGGCUGGGGACAUUUCCAGACUUCCUUCCUCCACCUGCCUCGCUCCCAUACAGGGCCGGACUUCCAAUGUCAUCCGGCAAGCGAAAGCCGGCAGCUUGCCAGAGAUGCCACAAGAAGAAGGUGAGAUGCUUGGGAGAAAUGUCCUUGUAUCUGAGGCGUAUCUCCGGCAGCUUCAAGCUCAGAGUUCUUAUCACAUACGUUGCUACCCUGGGGAUGAGUCCCACUCUCGAGAUGCAAGCAGUCAAACCUCGAGGGAAACAAGCCUCCGCCCGUCAACGCAAGGAGGUCACGAAAACAGCACACCCACGCUGACACUCAAACACGCCACUUCCGAGGCAUUUGUUUCCGGUCUCAAGAGGCUAUCCUACUACCCAGAGGGUUUAGAUCAAGUUCCCAACUACGAAUAUGUUUCCCUAAGCUCCGACAAAUCGUGCAGUGAGGUACUGACGUCCAGCCUACAAGCUCUCAACGUUGCCAUCCAGCUCCCGCCAUACCCGUAUGCUCUCCAAUUAGUGCAACAGUUCGAACUCUACAUGGGGUACGAGUACCACUGGUAUCUGCGGCGGGACUUUCAUUCCGCCCUGCAAGCAACCUACCGGUGCCCCCAGUCUGCGCAGUCCAGAAGCCAUACAUGGCUCUGUAAGUUGUUGGCUGUACUCGCACUCGAGGAGUCAUUUGAUGUCUACGGCCCUCCUCCCUUGAUAGAUCUGAACCCAGACCAAGGAUCGAUUUGCAACUCUAGCAGCAGGGUACUACGGCGGGGACAAGGCAAAAGCGUUGAUGGUCCAUCAUCCUAUCUUCCAGGUGCAGGUUUCUUUGAGCAGUCCUUAUCCCUCUUCAGAAUGCCUUCGGAAGAGCCACACAUUGGGCAAGUGGAGGCUCUCAAUUUGAUCUCAUUCUUUUGUUACUCAUUAAACCGGCGCAAAACAGCGUACAUGUAUGCUGGGACGUCUAUGAGAAUAGCGUGCACCUUGAUGCUCCAUAAACCUGCAAUCUCAGAAACACCGGCUACCACAGAGCAUCAAAAGCGAGUUUGGUGGACGACCUCUCUGAUGGAAGCAAUGACAUCUUCGGAGAGGGGCCUUCGAUCAACGUUUGGCUUCAUGCAAGCUGAGCAGCAUCUUCCAUCAGACGAGCUACUCGCCCCGAACGAGCGUGACAACUUCUGGGAUGCACAGCUUAUGGCGGCACAUUUGAAGCUAUGCAAGAUUAGGAGCCUUAUACUCGAGACUUUGGGACAUUUACACGAGUAUGAGAAUGACUUUGACCGUUACGAGAAGGCAGUAGAGGUCCCAUUACGCGAGCUGGAGCUUUGGAAACGUGAGCUACCGCCUGAUAUAUCUUUUGAAUUCUCGCAGGGUGUGCCCCAGGAUAUGCUAGAUCGGCCCUCAGUAAGAUCCCUGGCGUCGAUGUACUUGAGGUACCAUCAAGGGUAUAUUUUGCUCAUUAGGCCGGUUUUCUUCAAGCUUCUUGGAACAGUUCUGGGAAAGGAUACAAAUACAACCCCAUCCUCAUCAUCAUCCCUAGACGGCUUGAGCAAUCUCAGCAGCCAAUGUCUGGCAGCCGCUAAAUGCAACAUGCGGAUCCUGACCACUCUGUCAAGCAAAGACCUGAUAGCCAAGUACGGUUUCUACGACUCUCUGCACCUAUUCUCCGGCAUCAAAAUCUUUGUGCUGUCCAGGCUGGUCAGCACCGUAUCCGCAUCAUUAUCCAUACCCGCUACAGCCCAGUCCAUGACUGUGAGCAUAGGUGCCGGUGACGAUUUGACACAGGAUCCCGAAGAUAUCUCACUAUGCAACGCCGCAAAGGAGCUACUCGGUGUCAUGGCUUCGUGCGGAAACCGCGCAUCCAAGGGCCAUUUGCAGUUGCUCGAGGAGAUUGAGCGGCUCUUGGAUGUGGUUUCUCAUAGUUUCAGUCAGGAACAGCCACCACGGAGCCAGACGCCGGGCUCGCUCUUCGGCACAGACCUCUUCCCCUGGAUUGACUCAAUAGAUAGCUCGGGUUACUUUCUGGAUUUGGAUGGUGGUGUUGGAUACCCCUAG